AUGUCAUCUGAUGUUGCUUUGACAACCGCAUUGGCCAUACUCAUUAUUGUGGACAUCAGUGGUAACUGUUUGGUCUGUUGGGUCGUCAAGAGAAACCGAGAUAUGAGGCAUGUUGUAUCUGUUAAAGAAUACUCAGCCGUGUGUACCUCAGUUAUAGGCUUAAUUUCGUCUCCAAGGUCCUCAUAGUAAUGGAAUGCAGGAAGAUAGAGGGCUUGGGAACGAGGUCACGUAAUGCUCAAUUGCGUUUCCAGCUCGAUAUAAGCGUAAAGGCAUGCGCAGUGAGAAGUUAUCAUAAAUGCCUUUCACAUGGGAAAUCACGAGGCAGAAAUGAGCCCAGAAAUGAGGAUCCUUAUGCUUUUGACGAAUAAAGAACUCUACUUUUCGCAGUUAAUAUGCUCUUUUAUUCUCCUGAAUUUACCGCCUAUUCGUGUGAAAGAUAAUCCUCAUUUUCCUUUUCUUUUUGCAUCUUACUUCUUUGAAGCUUUGCUGUUGUUGUUUGAAUAAUAUUGUUUGAAUAUCAUAUUCAUUCUAUAGGACUCCGUUUAAUUGGCUGCUUGUCAACCUAGCUAUAGCAGACAUCACGUUCGCGGUUUUCCAAGUUCCGAAUCGCAUUUUAACCCACCAUUUUUUCACCCACCCUGAUGGGACCAUUGGCUCAGCUUUAUGCAAAGUGCUCACCGCUGGUAAUGUGGCCUGGGUCGGGGCGGCGGCUGGAACCAUUACUCUGGUCGCAAUAGCAUUUGAACGUUACUAUACCGUCAGGUGUCCUGUUAGUGGCAAAGGAAAACUUACCAAGAAUACAUUGAAGGUGACAGAAUAGAAAUGUGAUCACAAUAUUAGGGUACUAAAGUCGAGAUCAGAAGUUUACAGUUUAUGAGUAUGACCGCCCCCUUCAGAGAAAGAAAUGCCAAUGAACCGGCAAGAAGCAAAAGUGUAGCGUACUCAGAAUCGGCCAUUAAUAACCAACUAACAUCAGUAUGCACAUUUUCUACACUAUUCUGUAUUCAGAUUCCAAGGUGCUGACAAGAAGAAUUUGAGACCCUGACCCUAAGCAGUCAAGAGCUUCUUCUGAUCAUUUCCUUUAUUCUCAUGACCUUGAUGUUGGAUUCAGGGCUGACAUUGUAAAGAGAAAUUAAAUGCUAGACACUUCUAAGGGUUGAAGGGUUCAAUGUAUAGAGCCAUUGUAAUGGGUCUUUUGUCUAAAAAAGAAUUGCACCGCAAUUUUAAAAGUUUCUCCUUAUAGCACUGGUUAGGAAUAGAAAACGUUUUGUUGAUUCAACAUCUUUUGAUAUCUCAGGUUAUCAUUCCAGCUUGUUGGAUCUUUGCAGUGGCAGCCAACCUACCAACUUUCUUGGUUGCAAAAUUUGAUGAGAAAACGAGAAACUGUCGGUUGAAUUUGCCUAAAGACUGGAUGAAUGUGGCGAAUAACAUCUCAUGGCUUGUGCUGUUGGCCUGUAUUCCUUUUGCACUGAUGAUCGGCUUAUACUCGAGGGUCGUUUAUGAAUUGUGGUUUAAGCCACGUGAUGACCUUGAAGUCGUUUGUAGGCACAAGGUAAUAAUAAUUUAAGACAGUUCAUCUCGUAUCACAGAAAAAGAUAAAUAGCUCAGCUAACUCGGUCACGCGGGUGGAAAGUAAUCAGCGAAGAAACGGUGAAAGAUCAUCGUUGGCUGCGUUUUCUUGGGUCGACUCAUUUUCUUUGCGUAUUUCUUUUCAUCCUUGCGUCGUGCGAUGCUAAGAAAGAGGAGAGGGUCUUGGACUGGGUAUAAAACAACUUCAUUCACAGGUCCGCAUCAAUGACGCUCUAACAAAAAGGGGUUGAGAUAUUAUUCCUUCGCCUACAUGAUAUCUGCACGGUCCUACCGAGAAUUCUGACGUUACCGUUUGAGCUUCGACUCGCAGAAAAUAACAUGGUGCUUUACGCAUUCGUAGGGAUUUUGUUAUUAUGCAGUGGUGGGUUAAACACUUAAGAAUAACUUAGAAUAUUUGUAAGGCUUAUAAUUCAUAAAACAACUUAGUGGGGAGCUGUUAACCGAGUGGUUCAUUCUAUUCUGACUACACUCUUCUUUUUCAGGGAAUACUGAGAGUGCGCAAACGAGUCACAUUGAGUGUAAUCACUGUUAGUGUUAUCUUUGGAGUCUGUUGGAUCACAGGCCUUCUUAUUUACGUCUUGAUUCACUAUAACAUUCUUGUGUUUGGUUCAGCUUCCGACGUCGUUUCUGACAUUAUGUUUAUGGUUAAUUCUUCUGUCAAUCCUUUCGUGUACGCGCUGCUCAACGAACGUUUCAGGCAGAAGAUCAAGGCAAUGUUACACUGCACGUGCAAAUCAAAAAGAUACUCCCCUGCAACACACGAGCCAGCAACGAUAAUCCAUCAAAAGAACCAACUAAAUACCAAGUGA